AUGGCGACUACCUCGAUUAUUACUCCUCCAUCGAGUUCUUCCCCUAGUAACUCAACCGCGCCAUCGACGCCUCCGUGCAUUACUUCCUUGGUUGUCAAUGCAACGAACCCGUCUCAAGGCUGUACCUCCCCUUUCUGUCCAAUCAACUAUCCUCAUGACCGUGGCCCCUACCUUCACAGCUGCCGCGUUGCUUUAAGCAUUGAAUCGAGGCGCAUCUUCGCGUCUAGUGUGCCAUCCCCAGAUGUCUUAGCAGCAUAUGAACGAUGCAUCAGGAACGAUGGUACGAGGACUGACGCAGAAAUGUGGAUGACGUUCCAUGAACUCCAUGUUGAACCUCUACUAGGACAUACGGAUGCAAUAUGGGUAGCACCAGUGCCUAUGGAAUCGCGCGACGAUGAUUCGGAUGUCGGCGAACGUGCAGGUCCAGGUGGUAUCGUAGCUAACGGCGCGGCUGAGGGCUGUAGACAUCCUUUCGGGCUUCUCAACCCGCCAGAGAAAGUGUGGGAGGCGCAUAGAAGGCUCGUACUGGGUGACGGGGACUCGGAGGAUCAAGACCUUGUCGCCUCCUUUGCAGCCGAAAAUGCUUACUAUGGAAAUGGACUUGGUAGGCAAAAGAGUAUGUCGCGUCGUUUCAAGGUAAGACGGCCACGUUACUCCCCAAGCUUGAGCAAGCAGCGUAGGAACAAAAAGGAAAUGGAGUCAAAAUAG